GACAUUCGCCGCAAAACUUUCCUCCUCCAAAUUCGUCGCAGCGAGUCAGUCGUUGGCUCAACGAAAGCUUAUAUAGCGGGCAGCGUAUCCAGAGCACUUUCAUUGCCGACCGUACCGCGAUGCUGUAACCAGAGCCGAGAUGCAGUGGCUAAGCACGAUCUGCGUGUUGACCGCGGCGGUGCACGGUGGCGGUGGAGUUACCAAAACACCUGGUCUGUCACCAUUCUGGACGGACGACUACAAAGUUUUCGAACAAAUUUACGGAAAGACCUCCGACCGAGAGCUCUUCGGGUCCACCAUACCUCCCAACCAGUCCUUUGGGGUCGACUUGAGUCCUUUAAGAAACCAGGCAUCAGAGAAAAAGGAACGGUACGUCGACACCGGAGAAGACAGGGACUUGACCCAGCAAUCAAGCCUUUAUUCUUUCGACAGUUAUAAUAAUCUUUUAACAAAACAGAAUAUAGAAGCAUUCGAUCCAAAGCCGACGAAACCAUCCUUCAAAUUCAUUCCUUACAAUGAUUUCACUCCAAUCAGCCAAUCUACUGAUCCAGCAACGUAUAACUAUUAUAAAACGCUCGAAUUGUUAGAGAAGAAAAAGAAAAUCGACGCUCUAAAAAAUUUAGCAGUCAAAAAUUUCGCACAAUUCUCGAGCUACGCCACCAGCCCUGAAGACACGGAGGGGUACAAGAGUAUCCAGGACAUUUUAGACGCUCAUGAAGGGAAUAAAGGAAAUAAGAAAGUGAAUAAUGAGCAUGAGAAUUUGUCUAAAUAUGUGAGCUAUGGAGUGUCGAAGAGUCGAAGGAAGAAGCCGGCUUCAAAUCCGAGGUUUUUACACAGUAAUGAUCUUCAGAAACCACGAUGUGUGUCAGGACGCUGUCGUCAAAGAAACACCUCGGUUAGAGUCAGAACAGGGCCUGUUUUGAGGAAGAUUAAGCAUACCAUUAUUUCUGAUUAAAUUUUUAAGUCUGAGUAGUCUGAAAUGGUAUUCGAAACAGAUUAUUGAGAUCACCAUUGAAAUAAAAAUAAUACUCGUAAUUCACUAUAAGUUUUGACCAGAAAUAUGUAUGUAAGAACCCGUUCCCACUUGUCGGAUGUCGGGCCCGGAUUUUAAUUGGAUAUCCCAGUUGCAGGCAAAUCGGUGUCGGGCAAGAGUGAAUAGCUUCAUAUAAAAUGUUCUGACACUGGGAUAUCCGAUUAAAAUCCGGGUCCGACAUCUGACAAGAGAAGUGGGAACGGGCUCUUAAGGUUACAUUCGGAUGGCGACAGCAGCAGUAUUGCUGUUCGUUACUGCUCAUAUAAAAGAGACUCACAGUAACAUUAUCCGCGUUAAAACCACCACUGUAGCAGUAUUGUUGCAACAUUAAGGCUGCUGCGGUCACAGUUCUAAUUUAAUCUUAAUAGCCACCCUACACU